AUGAGUCUAAAGCGUAAAGCAGCGGCUGCGGCUACCGACGCGUCCAAGAAGCCUAAGCAGAAUGGCAGCAUCACCGCCUUCUUCGGCGCGCCAAAACCCAACCCCAACGCGCCAGCCAAACAGAGCGCUGCUGCAGCAAAGUUCGACAAAGACGCAUGGGUCGCCAAACUCACAGACGAGCAGAAAGAGCUGCUGCAACUUGAGCUAGACACAUUACAUGAGAGCUGGCUGCCGCACGUCAAGGAUGUGCUACUUACUCCUCAAUUUCUCGAGUUGAAGAGGUUCUUGAAGAAAGAGCUAAAUAGCGGAAAGACGGUAUACCCACCGAUGCAGGAUGUCUACUCAUGGUCGCGGCAUACACCUCUCAAUACCGUCAAAGUCGUCAUCACAGGUCAAGACCCAUACCACGGUCCUAAUCAAGCCCACGGUCUCUGCUUCUCCAUCCGCCCACCGAACCCUGCGCCCCCGUCGCUUCAGAACAUCUACAAAGCCCUGAAGAAAGAGUACCCAGACUACCAGCCACCGCCAAACAGAGGCGGUCUUCUAACGCCAUGGGCUGAUCGUGGUGUUUUGCUCAUCAACACUUGUCUCACUGUCCGUCGUGGCGAGGCAAAUUCACACUCAGGCAAAGGCUGGGAGCUGCUCAUGCAAAAGGUCAUCGACACUGUUGCAAAGGUACGGACAAACGGUGUUGUCUUUUUGGCUUGGGGCUCGCCGGCCCAACAGAGGACCAAGGGUAUUCCGGUCGAUAAACACCUCGUGUUGAAAAGUGUACAUCCAAGCCCGCUGAGUGCCGCGAGGGGUUUUUUCGAUGCCGGUCAUUUCAGGAAGUGCAAUGAAUGGUUAGAGCAACGCUAUGGCAAAGAUGGCGGCAUUGACUGGGACCUGAAUGUUGAUGCCGAAAAGGCAAAAGUUGAUGCCCCAAAAACCAGCGUCGAUACCGAAAAGGCCAGCGUCGAUGCCGAGAAGACGAGUGUCGAUGUCGAGAAGACUAGUGGUGACGUCGAAAAGAGUAGUGUUGAUGGCGAAAAGACCGAGCUAUAG